AGUUGUUAUCUUCGACGGGAGAAGUGAUAUAGGUUAGAAAAUUUUCUUUGAACUUCGAAAAAAAAAAAUGUUCGCAUAUUCGAAAUUUUAAUUGUUAAUAUCACAGAACGACCUAAUCAACAUAAAAUACUAAAUAGUUUUAUUGAUCGACGAGUGUGAAUUUUUUGUGACGAGUAGCAAUGGGAAAUACCGUUUCUGGAGCUCAAAACCUUGUAGCACAAGCGUUUGUUCCACAAAAAGAAACAAACAACAAUGAUGUACCUAAAAAUCCCCACGGCUUCACCAAUACAGCUGGCAUGAGCCCACCACCGGAAUGUCCGAUGCACGUCAAAACAGACGAUAAAAAAGCUGCUGGAUGUGCUGUGGCGGGAAACCCAGAUGAGAUUAAUCCACUAAACAUGAUGCCACCUCCUAAUCAAAAACCAGCACCAGAUCAGCCAUUUCCAUUACCAACAGAAAGAGAAGUAUCUACUAUUCCAAAGUCAGAAGGAGAUGGUGAUUUUUGGGUUUAUCCAUCAGCUCAAAUGUUUUGGAAUGCAAUGUUACGAAAAGGGUGGCGUUGGAAAGAUGAUGACUUAUCACCUAAAGAUAUGGAUGUUAUAAUUAAAAUACACAACAUCAAUAAUGAGCUUGCUUGGCGUGAAGUAUUAAAAUGGGAAGCAUUUCAUGCAGGUGAAUGUAUGAAUCCAAAGCUAAAAAGCUUUGGUGGUAAAGCUAAACAUUUUUCUCCAAGAGCAAGAAUACGAAAUUGGAUGGGAUAUGAACUACCUUUUGACAGACACGAUUGGAUAGUAGAUCGUUGUGGCAAAGAAGUACGAUAUGUUAUUGAUUAUUACAGUGCAGAUAAUUCCCCAAAUAAAUAUCAAGUGGCUAUUUUGGAUGUAAGGCCAGCUUUAGAUUCAUUUGAAGCGUUAUGGGAUCGAUCAAAAGCAGCUUAUUGGAGAUGGCGAUUUGAAGCUGAAAUGGAAAGAAAUAUUGCCAAUAAAAUGGAUGAAUUAAGAAAUGAUGAUAAAGUGUGAAUAUAAAUUAUUCAUUUUUUUUUUUUUUUUUUUUAUUGUAUAGUGUAUACUGUAUAGUAGAUUCCUUAAGUAAAACUAAACUAUUUUAAUCCUUGAAAGAUUUCAAGAUAAACAACAACGCUGUAUAGUAAUUUUUAGCACUUUAAAUACAUCAUUGUUUGUUAUUGUAUUAUUUUUUCUAAUUUAGUGCUGAUGAUUAAAUUCUUUUAAUGAAACAUACACAUCUUACAGAGUUAACUGUAUUCUACGUAUUAAUUUUAUAGUCAACACAAUAAUAAACUAUAAUACUUGUUUCAAAUUGCA